CAUCCAUUGUCGUUGAAGAAUGCAACCCAGUUAGGAAACUCAAAACCAACAGCAUCGUAGGGCUGGUAAAGUGGGUCGCUGUGCAUCUUCCCCAAGUCUCGUGACUUGGCUCCAUUCAAGCGCUUAAUUCUCAUCUCGACGCGUCAAACGCGUCCCCCCUUGGCUUGGCCUGGUAACUUAGCGCAACCCAUAAUGUCAAUGGGCAGCAAAACAAAGUUCGAGAUGAUGCAAUGUUAGAUUUCGAUACGGAACCGAUUUGACAAUAUCAUCUGACAUCCGCGUAAACGAUGGAUUCUCCUACCCAGGACGCAAGCGCUCGAAAGAGAAAUCAUUUUCAAGACGAUCCUGUCCCUACUCCUCCGACCCUCAAGAAGCGAAGACUCGAUGAACUUGUACAGGGAUCUCCCUCGACUCCGAAAGCCCUCAAUGCUAUCAACUCAGCACAUCCUUCUGCUAUAUCCAGCCAAAACGCCUGGCCACCGGUGGACAACAACCUUGAGGCGCCCAACUCCAACCCGCAACCUGCAGCUCAACCAUCACAAGCACCACCACCAGCUUCUGCAGCGCCCAAAUUUCGACCAGCUAUCAAACUAUCUGCUUUGAAAGGCACAAUAUGGGACACUCAGGAUGCGCCUCGUCCUGUGUCUCUCCCCAAAAAAGUAGGUCCUGGGCGACCCAGAACCACAACAGCGAAGAAACCACCAGGACCCAGGGGCAGACCACGAAAGAAGAAGGUGCAAGAAGGGGAUGAAGAGAAUCGUGAAGCCACUCAAGCGCAAGAAUCCGCCGACGAGUUGGCCACAGCAAAUGGAAAUCUAUCGGUGUCGAAACCCACACCAAAGGGAAUUUUGACUCCCACGAAGAGAGGCAGACCGCGAGGACGACCACCGAAAAAUGUUAGCUUUGGUGCGGGCCAAGAUCGCAAUGGAGAGGUUUUCUUUGAGGACCUGCCGAAGAAGGCCAAGACACCACGCAAGGCGGCCAACUCUGAAGCAGACGAGCUUGUAUGUGCAAUCUGCAUCAAACCGCACUCCCAACCUCCGAACCAAAUUAUUCUAUGCGACAUGUGUGAUUUUGCCGUUCAUCAAGAAUGUUACGGAGUGCCUGAUAUCCCUGAAGGCGAUUGGCUUUGCAAGUCAUGUACUCAAGAGGACAUACUCAAGACGCCAAAAAAGACUGCAGGCGUAGAGGUUCCGGCCAUCAAGAUCGCAGCGGAUGUACCUGAUAUUGCUAAUUUGGAACAACAUGUGCGAUCAUUACAAAGAGUUCUUCUGGACCGAUGUACAGGAAGAAGACGUUUGCAGUUGCCUGGCCAGCUGGAGGCUGAGGAGAAGGUUUACCAACUUGUGGAACAAACGGUUGUUGCUGGUGAAGGAAACUCGAUGCUUGUCAUUGGAGGGAGAGGCUGCGGAAAGACUACUUUAUUAGAAAAGGUCAUCUCGGAUGUAUCUCAGGAGCAUAAGAACGACUUCCACGUCGUGAGGCUCAAUGGUUUCAUUCACACAGACGACAAGCUUGCGCUUAAAGAAAUUUGGCGACAGCUGGGCAAGGAGAUGCAGGUCGAGGAUGACUUGGUGACCAGAACAAACUAUGCUGACACCAUGGCGUCGUUACUGGCUCUUCUUUCACAUCCGUCUGAAAUUAUCGGUACAGACGAAGGUGUCACGUCACAAUCGAUUGUGUUUGUGAUUGACGAAUUCGACAUGUUUGCAUCCCACCCUCGACAAACACUAUUGUACAACUUGUUUGAUAUUGCACAAUCACGAAAGGCGCCCAUCGCCGUAAUUGGCUGUACGACUCGGUUGGAUGUUGUUGAGAUGCUGGAGAAGCGAGUCAAGAGUCGAUUCAGUCAUCGUUACGUCUACCUCUCUCUGCCCAGGAACCUUCCAGCCUACUGGCAAGUUUGCAGACAGGGAUUGAUUGUUGAUAGUGACGAGGCUGAAAAGGAGGGCAUCAACACCUAUCUUGAAGGACAUGCCGAGUUCCAGCAGUAUUGGGGCCAAAAGAUAGAGGGCCUCUACAGAGAACGAUCCUUCCAGGACUUGCUUCAGUAUCACUACUACACAACCAAGUCGACUUCGGCAUUCCUCACCGAAUGGAUCUUGCCUCUGUCGGCUCUCUCAGCUAACGAUGUCACACUCAAGAUACCUUCUGUGCAAGGAGAUAUUGAAUCCUUGACACCCCCUGAUUCCAGACUUCACCUGCUGUCCACACUGUCUGAGCUGGACCUGGGACUCCUUAUUGCUGCAGCGCGAUUGGACAUUGUCGCACACACGGACACGGUCAACCUGGCGAUGGCGUAUGAUGAGUACAGCUCCUUGAUGGGCAAACAGCGAGUGCACUCGGCAGCGGCAGGCAUGCUUGCUGUAGGUGGAGGUGUACGAGUCUGGAGCCGGGGCGUGGCUGGUAUUGCAUGGGAACGGUUGAUCUCCCUAGGAUUGCUUGUGCCGGCCGGUAUUGGUGGUGCCCGUAACCCAGGACAUGGUGGAUUGGAGGGCAAGAUGUGGAAAGUCGAUGUCGCACUGGAGGAGAUCCCGGCAGCGGUGAAGCUAAACGCUAUACUGGCGAGAUGGUGUAGAGAGAUUUAGUGGAGGAGGCGAGGCGAGGCGAGGCUGUUGUUUUACGAUAUGAUGCCCUACUGGCGUGUCUGAUACACAUCUGUACUCCAUUGAUAGAGUCAGUAUUAAUGAUGCCCCUGCAUCUACAUGUCUUUUGUAAAGACAUGUAAAGAAUACAUCGGCGAUACUUUGCUAACAUCCUUGGUUUGCUAAAGAGUCUUACGACGGGAACAAGACGGCCUUGUAAGAGGAUGGUUGCCCCUUGAAGAUCGCGG